AUGUUGUCCGUACAGCAGACCUACUCUAGGCUUUUCAGGCCGUGGGACGUCAGUGAUAGCAAAAACUUGGAACAGACCAAUUUAAACUGUGAAAAAACUAAUUUAGAUGACGUAAACAUAAAACAAAUCAAAGUAGACCAGAGACGAGAAAGUCGGCUGCGGAAAAUUCGCGGUACUUUCAGAAAGCCGGAAGCGAACGUCCAUCAGGACGCUACCGUGUCAACUACCACCGCUGAUGCCGAAGAAGAUAAGAAACUGUGUUUGAGUGUUAAAAAAAGCGAAAAUUCCGAAUCGCCUGUAGCUAGUUUAAGCUUAUGUUGCGACAGACUGCUUCAGGAACCAAAUAAGGAUGUAAUCAAGGAGAAACAGAUCAACUCACUUGAUAUAACUCAAAAUUUAAUGCUGCAGACCCAACCCAAUAUGUAUAACCCAACUUUCAUUUCUGAUUAUCUCCCUGCAACGGAUAUAGCACAAGCGUUAGGAGUGCCACCGACAGAUCCAUUGCUGUUAGAAUCAUUAGCGCAAGGUUAUGCGAUGGAAUUAGAGUAUGCAAGAAUAUUACAGCAAGAGAAUGACGCGAAAUUACUUAACGCUAGAAAGCAGCGUCCGAAGAAAUACAAGUGUCCUCAUUGUCAUGUAGGCUUCUCAAAUAACGGCCAACUGAAAGGGCACAUUAGAAUCCAUACAGGAGAGCGACCUUUUAAGUGCGAUGAGAAAAAUUGCGGUAAGACUUUCACAAGGAAUGAAGAAUUAACGAGGCAUAAAAGGAUACAUUCUGGUGUCCGACCGUUUCCUUGCCCCACGUGUGGCAAGAAAUUUGGAAGGAGAGAUCACUUGAAAAAACACACGAGAACACAUUACAUGCAAGCUGAGAGGAUGAUGCCUGUUUUCGUGCCUCUCUCUGCUGUGCCUCAUGCCUUUCCAUACUUGUACGGGUACUGACCUGUGCUAUUUGUAAUACUUUUAGUUUUAAAAUUUUGCAAGCCUUUUACAAAAAAGCAUUAAGUGUAAUUAUUAUAUUAUUGUAGAUAAAAUUGUAGUUUAAAAAAAUAAAGAAAUAUUUCUCGUUAAAAUUGUAGAUAUUUAAUGUUUGUAAAUUAAUAUAAAUAUUUUAAGGAAGUUUGGUGUGAAACUGGAAAUAAAUGUAUUUUUCUACGAGAUAAUUGUCAAAUAAAAAAUAAAAAGAAUGUGAAUCUGACCUCAUGUUUAUUAUUUUGACUUUUUACCUUUUUAUGAAAACUUUGUUGACAUAAAUUGUGGAUAGUAAUACUUGACCUUUUUUUAGCUUAACAACAAGUUACCAAUAUUAUUUUGAUAAAUUUUGUAUCUGUGAAUGCUAUUGAAAAAAAUUCAUUUCAUCCCGUAUUGCACACUUAAUAUGUUUCAAUUUUAAAAUAUACGAUUU